GACGCCCCCUCCCCACUGCCAUCGCGGUAUAAAAGUGCAGGAAUGGACGGUACCUGUCACAAUUCUAGACUGGGGAAACCGAGAAACUCUGGACUACUGAUUAAGACCUCUCAGCCCAACAAUCGCACUUCCGUGUUCAGUGACUCGGAGAGGAUGCGUCCUAAUCUCGGCAUCUGGGUAGGGAUGACUGCUUUAGUCAUAUGCACGUUGAUAUGUUUGGGUACACUGGCGGACGCCUACCCCUCCAAGCCCAACAACCCGGGAGAGGACGCCCCAGCGGAGGAGCUCGCCAAGUACUACUCUGCGCUGAGGCAUUAUAUCAACCUAAUAACGCGACAGAGGUAUGGGAAACGCUCCGGCCCUGACACGCUCUUCUCGGACAGGCUUCUGAGGGAAAACACGGACAGCAGCCCUCAGUUCAGGUACGAGGAGCCGCCAAUGUGGUGAUGUCAGAGAUGUAUUUUUGUCCUGCUCCAUGCCUCCUUUUACCAACAUGGCCACCGAAUUGCUGCACAGAUGUGAUCCUACUCCAUUGUCUCGAACACCCCGCCGCUGCACCUCGUCCCGCGAACGUGACUGACGUCAUCAUAGCCGUCAUCAUAGCCGUCACGCGGAGGGUCCUCAUGGAUGGUCAUGGCUGCAUGCAAAUACCACCCAAUUGUCUAGCAUAUUCCAUAAACUCUUAUUUAAUGCUAUCAUGAAACUCACAAGGGAAAAUCGUUGUACAGUGAAAUCGUGUUAAUACUCGUUGUUCAAAAAUAAACUGGUUUGUUGAUUGUAGCAUUCACUGUA